AUGACUGGCGUUAAAAGAGUUCACGAAGAAUUGAAAAGGCGAUGUAGAGUAGCAUUUGGGUAUAACUUUAUUGAUGAUAAUGAUGAUCCAUACGAUUGUGUUGGACAUGGAACUCAUGUAGCAGCAAUUGUUGGAGGUGAUCUAAGAGGUAACGGUCCUGGAUUUGUGGGAGUAGCACCUGAUGUUAUUUUUGGAGCAUAUAAAGUAUUUCCUUGUAAAGAUAUGAAAGAUGAACCUACCGGUAUUACGGUAAUGAAAGCUAUUCUGAAGGCUGUUGAUGAUGGAAAGGACGUCAUAAAUAUGUCACUCGGAUGGUUCGAAAACAAGAAAAACUUUAUGGUAAUGUUGAUCAAUGAUUUGGUCAAAUAUAAAGGAACAAUAUUCGUAGCAGCAAUAGGCAAUGUAGGUGAUAUAAACGGCUUAUUUACUAUUGGAAUGCCAGCUAAUGCUCAACAAAUAAAUUUAAAUAAUUUAAUUAUAGACGAAGCUCUUGGGAUAAUUUCAAUCAGUAAUAAAUUUAAUGAAGGAAUUUUGCCAGCGCCACCCAAGGCGGUAAUUAAUACAAAAGAAGCCGAUAUGUUGAUUAAAUAUCUCGAAAAAAAUCCUAAUUUGGAAUUAGAUUUUUCCGAUAAGCAUGGAUAUAUGAAACCUCAUCCAUUUGCCGAAACUCCUUCUUUAAUUUCGGGAUGGGGUUUAACUGAGGAGUUAGAUAUCAAGCCUGAAAUUUGUGGACCUGGAGGUUUAAUAUUUUCGGCUUUUCCUGUUAAUAAUUCGACUUAUAGAAUACUGUCUGGAACAAGUAUGUCAUCGCCAUAUAUAGCAGGCGUAGCGGCAUUAUUUGGAGAAUUUAGAAAGCAAAAUCAACAACAGUUUUCCGAACAACUAAAAACUGCAUUAAUGAAUUAUGAUAUUCCUCGUGAGGAACGUAAUAAAUUAUUGGCUUCGGUACUUCGUCAAGGUGCAGGUCUCGUCGAUGCUUAUAAUAUGUUGACAGCAACCAGCUUUGCCUAUCCGCCAAAAAUUAAUUUGAAUGACACGUAUGCUAGUGUUAAAUUUGAUAAUGAUCAGAUUACUGUACCACCUGGUUCAAGUGUUGACGUUUCUGUAACUUUUACGUUACCAAAAGAUCUACCAAAGGAUAAACAUUAUUCUUAUAGUGGUUGGUUAGAGAUAAUUCUUUUAGAUGAGAACAAGCCUAAAUUAACCGUUCCCUAUGCUGGGUUAGCCGAUGAUGCAAGAUCGCUUUCAUUAUUUCAGACACCUAAAUUUCCUGCACUUUACGAUUCGAAGAAAUAUAUACAAAAGAAGGAUCCAAUUAAAAGAUUUACCUUUAAACUCCUUAACAUUACAAGUGGAUUACGUGAUUAUCCAUUUAUACAUCUUAAUUUUGCAACUCCAACACAAGCGGUUUUUACUGAGAUACUUGAUGGAGAACCAAGAAUAAUUUCAUGGGAUGGACUUAUUCAUUCCGAACCCGUUUCCAACGAAAAAUAUUUUAAUAGGGUUAGAGCAUUGAAAAUGUUUGGUGAUAUUAACAACGAGAAAGAUUAUGAAGUUUGGGUUAGCCCUAAAUUUAGAAUUGAGAGACAUUUAUAA